AUGAAUAACUUCACUAAGGAUAUGGUUCCACAACCAAUUGAAUCAACUAUAAUGUCAUUAGAUAACUUUGCUAUCUUUUCUAUACCUAUUAUUGUAUUAGCAGCAUAUUAUGCAUAUUCCAAAAAACAAUCUGAUCUUAAAUCAUCUUCCAAUGGUAAAUUAACAUUAUCAGAAAAGAAAACUCAUCCAAUAUUAACUGAUUAUAAAGCAUCUGAAAGACCAUUUGGAUUUUGGAAACCAGAUUAUAAUUUCAAAUAUCCUAAAGUAGCACCAUAUCCAGGAUUUGAUUUAAAAACAACAAAACCAAUUCCAUAUCGUGCAUUUAAACAUAAAUAUUUUGUUACUAUGGGAAUUAGAGGAAUGGAAUCUGAUUCAUGGAUUGAACUUGAUAAUGAAUGGGAAUAUUUUCAUAAUUUAAAAUUAAAAAGAAUUGAAGAAAGAGGUGAUAAAGCAUGGCAUUUAAAUGCUUUAACAGUUACUGCAGCUUGGGAAAUUUUAGAAGAAUUAUGUAAUUAUUUACCUCAAAGAUAUCCAUCAAUGUUUAAAUAUGAAAAUAGAAUUAUGGAAAUUUUAUCAACUGGUGAAAAAUUUAAUUUGAAUGAUAGUAGUUUAAAUCCAAUUUUAUCAGCUGCUAAAUUGAUUCAAGAUGAUAUUAUAAUUAUGGUUGAAAAAGAAGAUGGUGCUUAUUAUCUUGAAGGUGGAUGUUCUACACUUGCUGGAUUUUGGAGACUUCGUGAAAAAGUUGGGUUAAAAUUAGAUGAUAUUCAUGUUACUAGUGGAGUACCACAAUAUGAAAAACAAUUAAAAACUGGUAUGAAUAAACUUUUCCGUAGAAUUGAAGUUGAUUCACCUGUUGUUCGUAAUAAUUAUUUUAUUCAAACUGAUGGUAGAUUAGAUUGGUCUCAUUCUAUUGGUGAUGAAGAUGAUGGUGAAAUUGGUUGGAGAAUUGCUAAAGAAGCUACUGAUAUUAAUGAAGUUUAUUUCAGAAGUGAAAGACAAAGUUUAAGAAGAUUACCAAUUAGUGGUGCUCUUUGUUUUACUGUUAGAACUUAUUUUAUUCCAAUUGUAAAACUAGUUGAAGAAGAUUAUGUUCCAAAAAGAUUAUUGGAUGGUCUUUUAAGUUGGACUCCAGAUAUUCGUGAAUAUAAAGGAUUCCAUACAUUUGAAAAAGUAUUAAUUCCAUUCUUGGAACAAAAAGCUAAAGAACAAGAAGAGAGAGGAUUGGAUUAUUCAAAAGAACCAACUAAUUGGCCAUUCUAA